AUGAAGUCCUUAAUUGGGAAGAUUUGUUUGUAAUCGAAGCGCUAAUUUUAGAGAAAUCACUUCAAAUGUGAUCUCGAUGGAUGCUCUAAAUCUUUUUCAAGACCAAGUAAAUUAGAUUUGCAUAAGAAAACGAAGCACUACUUAGAAAUUUUGUAUUAAUGCCCGCAUUAAAGUUGCAUGAAGAUAUUUGCAGAAAAGGCCAACUUAGUUGUGCAUGAAAGAUGUCAUACUGGAGAGAAACCAUUUAAAUGUUCAAAAUGUGAAAUGAGAUUUUCAUCAAUAGGGAAUUUCAAACAUAUUUCAAAAAAGCAUACUAACUCACCAGAAAAAGAAAGCUCGAUUAGAUUAAAUUCAGACUAGGUUCAUUAAAGGAAAAAUGUUAUCCUGGGUUUUGAAAAAUUCUAAGAGGGUGCUUAAUAGAUUAACAAUGAAAUAUUAUCUGAGUAGGUUAGUGAAACACAUAAUGUAUAUCAAUCCUAAAAUUUAAAGCAUUAUUAAAAAGACAACAAAUAUGCUUUCUUUAAAUCACAUUCCAUAUGCAUUAAGGAUCUACCUCAAAUUAUUUAAUAAAAUUUCAAGACUCAAUCCAUGAAUUAGUCAGAUAUGACAAACACAUCUGAAGAGAAGGAUUAUAGUCCUUCAAAUUUUUUAGCUAUAUAGUGUGAUCAAUAAAUAGAUGAGAGUAACUCAGAUUAUUCAUUUGGCAAAUUCUUAUUCGAUUCUUCUAGCAUUUAAUAAAGCUCAGCUUAAGAUGAUAAUGAUUUUAUCGAUGAUCAAUAUUUCUCAUAUAGUAGAGAAUUUAGCAAACAGUCUUUCUCAUGA